AUGAAGUUCUUCACCACUGCGCUCGCCGUGUUUGCGCUCCUCGCUACGACUGCCAACGGCUCGCCUAUGCUCCGCAUGGAGGCCGAAGGCAAAAAGAGCAAGACCAAGACACCGGAGCCAAUUCUUCACAGCGGCUGCCACCUCACAGGCACCUAUAAGAAGGGCACCAACAUCGCGUCGUGCAGCUCCAUCGUGGUGGACUCGCUGACUGUCCCCGCCGGUGUGACGCUGGACCUGAGCGCGGCCAAAAAGGGUGCGGUCAUUGAGUUCGUGGGCACCACGACGUUCGGCACGCUCAAGUGGGAGGGUCCACUGGUGCGCGUGAGCGGCAGUGACCUGACGGUCACCGGCUCCGGCACGCUGGACGGCAAUGGCGCCUGGUACUGGAAGCAGGGUCAGUCGAUCACGCGCCCCGUGUUCUUCAAGCUGCAGAACGUCAUGAGUUCAACGGUCUCAAAGUUCACCAUCAAGAACAUGCCGUUCCGCACGUUCAGCAUUGUGACGUCCAAGGACACGACCCUAACCGGCCUUACGAUCGACAACCGCGCUGGCAAUGGUAUCGCCAAGAACACGGACGGCUUUGGUCUGACCAAGAAUGACCACAUCACGAUCACCGGCAACACCAUCUACAACCAGGACGACUGCCUCGCUAUGCAGUCCAGUACUAACACAUUCUUCACCAACAACCGCUGCUACGGCAGCCACGGCAUCUCGGUCGGAUCGCUUGGUGGCAACACUGUUGACCAGUCUACUACGGUUCAGGGCCUCACUGUCGAGGGCAACACCAUCGUGGACAGCGACAACGGUCUCCGCAUCAAGACCAUCAUCGGUCUCAAGGGUCUCGUUACUGAUGUCAAGUACGUGGACAACGAGCUUUCCAACGUGAAAAACGCAAUCGUGAUCCGCUCGGACUACAGCAAGCAGAAGGGCGGUUACACGGGCUCCCCCACAAGCCAGGUUCUGAUUAAGGACGUGACGGUCUCGGGCCUCACGGGUUCGGCUAAGAAUCUGUACGACAUCAUGGCGAACCCGAAGGUGGUGUCUGGCUGGUCCUUCUCGGGUAUCGACGUGACCGCGUCGGUUAAGGGCAAACUGGCUGGCGCGCCCAACAGCCUGAGCGUGUAA